CAGGCUCUCUGCUGUGUUUGAGCUGUAACUGUUACCGCUAUCACGUUUCUCGUAGUCUCCACAUCUAGAACUUUCCCGUCACUCCAGAAACAGUGCACAUCCACAGAAGCAGAUGGCAACCGAACGCAGCUUCCCCGAUAGCUUCAUUGACGAAGAUCCACAGAAAGCUCUGCAGGAGCUUAACGAGGCCUUACAAGGAGACUCAGACAAAGCUGAGUGGUUUUGUCAGCGUGCCUAUGCCCACAUACUGCUCAAGAACUACAGCUGUGCUGCUGAUGACGCCAAGAAAGCACAACAGCUAAAACCCAGCCUUGGCAUGUUUUUCUUGCCCAACUGCAGAAUAGCCGAAUAUCACCUGAACAACUAUGAGUCAGCGCAUGCAGCCUUCACUCAGGGACACCAACUGGACGAUUCUGACAAAACCUUUGAGGUCUGGAUCAAGCGGUGUGAGGAGAUGAUGGAAAAUAAGACACAAAACAACAACGUCAACACGACACCAGCGGCUCCACCUGUGAAGCACGACUGGUACCAAACAGAAUCGCAAGUCAUUGUCACAGUGAUGGUGAAAAAUGUGCCCAAGGAUGGCGUGCAUGUCAGCUUCAUGGAAAAGGAGAUGUCUGCCACAAUACAGCUGCCAUCAGGGGAUAACUACAACCUCAACCUCCACCUCCUGCACCCUGUUGUCCCCCAACAGAGCAGCUUCAAGAUCCUCACCACUAAGGUGGAGAUCAAGAUGAAGAAGACGGAAGCCGUCAGAUGGGAGAAGCUGGAGGGAGAAGGACACGAGUCCAGCGUCAAACACUUCAAUCCAAACCAGUACCCCACAUCGUCCCACUACACCUGCAAGUGGGACAAGUUGGUGGUGGAGAUAAACGAGGAGGAGAAAAAUGAGCAGGUGGAGGGAGACGCGGCACUCAACAAGCUCUUCCAGCAGAUCUACUCGGAUGGUUCAGACGAGGUCAAACGAGCCAUGAACAAAUCCUUUAUGGAGUCAGCUGGAACGGUCCUGACCACCAACUGGGGAGAUGUAGCCAACAAGAAAGUGGAAGUGAAACCGCCCGAUGAUUCAGAGUAUAAGAAGUUCUGAGCAUCCCCUACUUCUCCAUCACUCCCCCUCCCCCACCUCAGUUCAUCAUCUUUCUUGACAUCUGUCCACCUGAGCUACAGCGGGAUUCGUCGUCGCCGCCCUGCAGCCUGCAUGGCUGGCCACUGCUUCGCCUCUUCUUCGUGUUUGUCACUAAGAGCCAAGCAUUCCCACCAUCACCCAAGCAAACUACAUAUGGCCUCUUCUCUGCGAUAUAUGUUCGGUUAAUUAAAAUGAUCUGUUGAAAGGAUCGAUCAACAUUACCUGAUUUCUUUUAAAGGCCAAUGAACUCAAAAGGGAACUGAGAUCGGGCUUAAAAUUGACACGCUUCACUUCAACUUCCCGCCGCCCCUCCUAAUCACUCACAGCCUUUAUAUUUGGGAGCCUUCUAUGACUUUGCAAUAUUAGUACUUGUAUAAAAAAGUUGCUAAAACAUAUGUGAACACUACCUUUAAACCAACUGAUUGUGUUUCACAGAUCAUGCUUUUUUUGUUUUCCUCCUCUUUUUUGCACUCUGUAAAAACAACUUAUCUGGAAAGUGUGCGACAUGUCUGGCUCGCCACCGGUCUCUCUCUCUCUGUGGGAUUCAAGCUUCGGUGUAAAUAAAAGAUUUGGCUCACAAAC